CGCAACUUACGGAUGAAAAUUCGACAUAAUUGAGUGGGAUAUAUUCUGGACUAUUCCUAUACAGCGCUCAGCUGGAGACUAGUCUAGCUGUUAUCAUUUGAGAGAAAACCAAAGAAUCUUCUUUAACGAAACUACAGAAAAUAUGACUACAUAUACCGACAAAGGUCCGAAGCCCGAUAAAGGACGAUUCUUGCACUUCGAUCACAUUACUUUCUGGGUUGGAAAUGCUAAACAAGCAGCCUCCUAUUAUUGCACCAAAAUGGGAUUCGAACCUCUUGCCUACAAAGGUUUGGAAACAGGAUCUCGAGAUAUUGCAGCCCAUGUCGUUAAGCAGAAUAAGAUAAUAUUUGUCUUCAUGUCACCAUACAAUCCUGGAAACAAAGAAAUGGGAGAUCACUUAGUGACACAUGGUGACGGAGUAAAAGAUAUAGCUUUCUCCGUAGAGGACUUAGAUUCCAUAGUGAAGAGGGCUAAAGAGAGAGGAGCUAGAAUUGUUCGUGAUAUUUGGGAAGAAAGUGAUGAAGGAGGCACUGUACGAUUCGCUGUGGUACAAACUUUUGGAGAUACAACGCAUACUUUCGUUGAAAGAGGAAACUAUAAUGGACUCUUUCUACCAUGUUACAAAAAGCCCAUACAACGAGACAUCAGCUUGGCGAAGUUGCCAGCAACGGGAUUAGAUUUCAUAGACCACUGCGUUGGUAAUCAGCCCGAUGACAAAAUGGUUCCAGCUUCUGAAUGGUACGAGAAGAGUUUGAUGUUUCACCGUUUUUGGUCAGUAGAUGACAAGCAGAUACAUACACAAUAUUCUGCUUUAAGAUCUAUUGUAGUGACAAAUUAUGAAGAAACUAUCAAAAUGCCUAUAAAUGAACCAGCUCCAGGGAAAAAGAAGUCACAAAUACAGGUAAUUUAAGGU